CGACAAAAGAGAAGUAGAAGUUUUCAUUUCGAUCAAUAAGAAUAAGGCUGCCGUCCUAAAGAAAAAUGAUGAUCGUAAGAAUUGGUAUCCGAAAUUUGCAUGAAUUGAUGACGAGAUAGUGAGAGAAAAAUCGGAUUAAAUUGCAAUUCACUAUUUCUAUAUGAAUAAGCAACUGAGAAUUUUCCGUUUCCGCCAUUGGAGCUCUCAUUAAGGCUGUCUCUUCUUCUUCUUCUUCUUCUUCGAUUCCACUUCCUUUUUUCCUCAUAAUCCUUAUCAUAAAUAUGUCAGAAGGCAAAAAGUUGGAAAAUGGCUUUGUUGAGCAAGAUGAGGAUAUCAAUAAAUCUCUAACUGAAAAGACUGGCACUGAUCCAGGGCAAACCCCAUCACUCACCUGGCAAAGAAAAUUAAACAGGGAAGGGCCUUCACUAUGGCAGUUCAGGCUGCAUCUGAAAGAGAUAAUUCAUCUGGCUCCAGUAGGGUUUAGGCUAAUCCGCUAUAUCCGAGAAGAAUCUGUCAAAGGAAGGGGGGCUAUGAUAAAUCCUUUUAUCAGACGUCGUAUAACUGACACUCAUGCCGUUCCUCUAGGUGGUCUGGGAUCAGGAAGCAUUGGAAGAAGUUACCGAGGUGAAUUUCAACGAUGGCAACUAUUCCCUAGAAAAUGUGAAGAUAAGCCAAUUUUAGCAAAUCAAUUUUCUGUUUUCGUCUCACGACCGAAUGGUGAGAAGUAUUCUACUGUACUAUGUGCACAGAGCCCUGAAAACCAGAGGGAAGUUGAAUCAUCAGGCAUUGGAUCGUGGGAUUGGAAUUUGAAGGGUCAUAGCUCCACAUAUCAUGCUCUGUAUCCUCGAGCUUGGACGAUAUACAAUGGUGAACCGGAUCCAGAACUUAGAAUAGUUUGCCGUCAGAUUUCACCUGUUAUUCCUCAUAAUUACAAGGAGAGCAGUUACCCUGUCUCAGUUUUUACUUUCACGCUGCAUAAUUCUGGAAAAACAGAUGCUGACGUCAAUUUGCUUUUCACCUGGGCAAAUUCAGUUGGAGGGCUUUCUGAGUACUCUGGUAACCAUAUCAAUUCGAGAACAAAGAAGAAAGAUGGCGUGCAUACUGUGCUUCUACAUCACAAGACAGCAAGUGGAUAUCCCCCUGUGACGUAUGCUAUUGCCGCACAGGAGGGCAAUGGGGUUCAUGUCUCAGAUUGCCCUUGUUUUGUAAUAUCUGGCCACUCCCAGGGUAUAUCAGCCAAGGAUAUGUGGCUUGAGAUCAAAGAGCAUGGAUCAUUUGAUCGGCUUAAAUUUGCUGAUAUGUCAAUGCCCUCUGAAGUGGGUUCGUCCAUUGGUGCGGCCAUUACGGCUUCAAUUACAGUUUCAUCUGAUUCUGUUCGUACCGUGACAUUUUCGUUGUCAUGGGACUGUCCUGAAGUGAACUUUUGUAGAGGAAAAACUUAUCACAGGCGUUACACAAAAUUCUAUGGUAACCUUGGUGAUGCUGCUGCUGAUAUUGCACGUGAUGCUAUACUAGAACAUCAUCACUGGGAAUCUCAAAUUGAUGCUUGGCAAAGACCUGUUCUUGAAGACAAGAGGUUUCCAAAAUGGUAUCCCGUUACUCUCUUUAACGAGCUUUAUUAUCUAAAUGCCGGAGGGACAAUCUGGACAGAUGGUUCUCUUCCAAUUCAGAGUUUAGUAAGCAUAGGGGAAAGAGGAUUUUGCCUUGAUCAAUGCAGAUCUGGUCUGAAGAGUGUGAUUUAUGAGUCCCACGAAAAUGACACUGCUAAUGAUAUUCUUGGGAGGAUGACUUCAAGACUUGAUGAGUUACGGGAUUCAGUCGAGUCAAAUUCUGCAUUUGGAGUAAAUCUGCUUCAAAAGGGAGAGGAAAAUGUUGGGCAGUUCCUUUACCUUGAAGGGGUUGAAUACACGAUGUGGAAUACCUAUGACGUUCACUUUUACUCCUCUUUUGCAAUAAUAAUGCUAUUUCCAAAACUCGAACUCAGCAUUCAACGAGAUUUUGCAGCAGCAGUGAUGAUGCAUGAUCCCAGCAAGAUGCAACUUCUUGAUAAUGGGAAAUGGGAAGCAAGAAAUGUUCUUGGAGCUGUUCCCCAUGACAUCGGAGUUAAUGAUCCAUGGUUUGAAGUGAAUGGAUAUAACCUAUAUAAUACGGAUAGGUGGAAGGACUUGAAUCCAAAAUUUGUCCUCCAAAUUUAUAGGGAUGUUGUUGCCACAGGGGAUAUGAAAUUUGCAAAGGCUGUCUGGCCCCCUGUCUAUCUUUCCAUAGCUUAUAUGGACCAGUUUGAUCGAGAUGGUGAUGGGAUGAUUGAGAAUGAUGGGUUCCCCGAUCAGACUUAUGAUACGUGGUCCGUCACUGGUGUUAGUGCAUACAGUGGUGGCUUAUGGGUGGCAGCGUUGCAGGCUGCUUCAGCCCUGGCUCGUGUAGUCGAUGAAAAGGAUGCUGAACACUAUUUUUGGUUCAAAUUUCAGAAGGCAAAACGUGCGUAUGAGAAAUUGUGGAAUGGUUCUUACUUCAACUAUGACAGUAGUGGCGGGAGUUCAAGUUCAUCCAUUCAAGCUGAUCAGUUGGCUGGACAAUGGUAUGCGAGAGCUUCAGGUCUUCUUCCCAUUGUAGAUGAAGACAAGGCCAAAAGUGCACUGGCGAAGGUAUACAAUUACAAUGUCAUGAAGGUGAAGGAUGGGAAGCGAGGUGCAGUAAACGGGAUGCUUCCAGAUGGUACGGUAGACUUUUCAUCAAUGCAGUCAAGAGAAAUAUGGUCAGGAGUGACAUACGCAGUUGCUGCUUCAAUGAUCCAUGAAAAUAUGACCGACAUGGCAUUUCGAACAGCACAAGGCAUCCAUGAAGCUGCAUGGUCAGAAGAUGGCCUGGGACUGUUUUCAAUCAAAUCUCAGAUGAUUUCCUAUGACAAGAAGCUUGAUGGUCUGGACGUCAGAUACAACUUUCAGACACCAGAAGCUUGGACAACCACGGAUCGGUACAGAUCAUUGUGUUACAUGCGACCUCUAGCGAUUUGGGCGAUGCAAUGGGCAUUUUCAGAAAAAGUAUCUGUCAUCGAGGAGUUGAAAGAACUCGAUAGCGAUGCCAUAUUAAGACACCAUGCUAAGUUUUCAAAAGUUGCCCGCCUUUUGAAGUUGCCUGAAGAUGGGACAUCUUCAAGUGUUCUACAAACCGUCUAUGAUUACACCCUUAAGAGGUUUUUCUAGAUUCUUUCAAUCUUCUAUAGGUUCAAAUAUAUUAUAAUAAAGUAUAAUGAUUGUUUGUACCUAUCUUCAUUCUGUUGAGCUUAAUUAUAAGAUGAGGGAAUCUAAAUCUCCAGAAGAAGUUGUUUAUCUUCUGUUAGGCCACCGAUUAUAUUUCGGUAUAGUAUUAGGAAGGAUAAUAAGGGGAAAGUGCAUGUUUGUGGGAGUUUAGUGGUGAAGUCUGGUAUGGGUCCCACAGUAAGUUAAGCUUUGGGAGGGAAGGUUUAUACAGAAAGGGGUAGAGUUGGUCGGGGAUAUGUUUAUUUUGGUUGCUAGGUUUCUCUGGAGAGAGAGAGUGGGAGGAGGUAGUAGAAAGUUGUUGCUGUUCUUAUUUCUUGUUUUCGUGUUCUGUUUGUGUUUGGUUGAAUUCUUGUAACAGCCAUUGGCUAUCUGUUGAUUCAAUAAAGUCUUUGAAUUGGAGUUCUAUCA